CUGUUAUUGCUACAGUAAGCAUCGUCAACGCAUUUACCAAAAUCUGAUAGCAUGGCUGAGCAAACUGAAGUCGACCUGAUCAACAGAGACCCCAACAAUCUCAAUGAUCAUGUCAAGGUUAUGUUCGAGGACGUCCUGGGAGAACCGGAAGGUGCCCACAGCGCCGACUGUGUGUGGAGAAACUCGUACAAAUGUUUUAACUGCGGCAAGAGCUGCUGUUACAAGUUCCUCACGUAUCUCUGUGGUAUCCUGACCGCCCUGUGCUGGGGCUGUAACUUCGCCUGCAUCACCUUCGAGCACAUCUGGUGUAUCACACCAUUCCUGAGAGUAUGGGCUAUUUACCUGGGAUGCAUGCAGAAGUUCUUGGGUCAGUGUUACAACUGCUGUGUGUCGCCAUUCUGUGAGGCUUGCGGUAUGUUCUUCUCCAACAUACGUGUCGUGAACAGUUCAGGGUAACAUCACCGGAGGUUGAACGUCAGUCUUGGCGUCGCUGGACACUCUUCUGACCCCAUGUGGACACGGAAGUGGUGACUAACGCUGACGCUAUCUCAGCACUCUCACCUACCAAUCAUGGUCAAUACCACAGUAUUCAGUUGUUUCUAUAUAGUUACUCACAGAAAUAUAUGUAUAUGUACCUGUUCUGCGUGACAUUGCCUUCACUCAUGUGAUAAAUAUUUCGUCUUUUCGAUGCUUUAAACGCAUUUUUAUUAUCUGUACAUAGUAUUUAAAUGAAGUGCUGUAAUGCCACAGCAACCAUAGAAGCGACUUGUAGCUCGACUGAGUUGAACUCAGCUCGAAAACUUUUGUUAACUUGAGAUGUCCAAAGAAUGUAUUCAUGCACCGAUCCAACAUUGUGAUAUUACCAUAAUACGGUGUACCUUAACGUAGAUAUAUACAUAUAUGUACAUGUCUUGACAGAAGGAUACAUCAUUUGAUAGAAACCAAUUUAUUCUGUAAAGUCCUUUAUCACGCAAUUUGUACAUAUACUAAUUUAAGAACGAAGUUUACAUAAACAAA